UAAAACUAAAUGAUCAAAGGAUUUAGAAUUAGGGCAUUGGCAUUCAUUGGAUGGGAUUUGAAAUUAAAUUCCUGGGUAUUUCUGUUUAAGAAUUUUCCAUUUUUCUGUGUGUGGUGACAAAGCGUUUCAAAGGGAAGAAGAGCGGUGGAAGAUAAAGGUCAUGCUAAUGGUCCUUCGGGUCAAACGAAAGUCUCAAGUCGCUAUCUUUAACCGUUCGGCUUCUAAAUGUGAUGAGAGCUAGAUGGAUCAGAUCGACGGAUGAGUGAUGGAAAACAUUUUGACAUAAUUUUUUAGAAUUCGUUUCAUUCGAGAAAAAAGUUAAAAAGUGGUCCCUUGGGGAUGAUAGUUAGAAAUUUUAGGGGGUUAAGAAAUCAAGAGAUUAUUUUCUUCUUCUUUACAACACAUCAUUACCAUUAUAUCUUAACACACCAAUUUAUCACACCAGUAACCUUUUUAUCACAAAUCUAAAAAUUAUACACGCUCUUUCGGUAUGAGUUCGAACAGAAGAACGGUUUAGUACGAUUUAAUUUUUAUGUAUUCCUUUUCUAUAUCAUAAGAUUAAAAUGCUACAAUCUUAGCUAUUUUUAACUUUUGCAAACAAAGUCAGUGAAUACGUUUUUAAUUAAUUCAUGUGGCAAAAUAUUUAUGAGCAUCAUCUUUAUAUAUUGAAUUAUUUUCGUUUCCACUUGCUUUUUUUAUUAAUGCUGAUUUAUCCCUCUAUAGUGGAAAAUUCUAUAAUUUAAAAAACUGAGAGAAGUAUUUAUUUUACAAAAGUUACAAUGGGUUAAGACUUUGGAUUAAAAACAUCCAUUUGAAAACGACAAUGUUUGCGAAUGAAACCGAAAGACCGUCGAUCGUUGAAUGUUUUCAAUUCAUGGCACGAGCCAGUUGCUAUCAUAUUCUUGCUGCCCCACCGCAUUUCCCCACAAUAUCUAUCCACUGAUCACGUAUAGAACCACGAUCCACCAACGACGUCAAGACUCACGAAAGUCCACACGAGAGAGUUUGUUCUUCGUAUUGAGAAUAUUAAGUGGUACUUUUGUAUCGACAACUUUUUAGUAGUUCAAACUCAACUCUCGUCCGAAUAGCACGUUUUAAGGUUUACUUCUUGAGUUAUGGAAUUUGGUCAUAAAUAAGAAGAAAAAAAAAGUUUAUCGGAAUUCGCCAAAGUAUUGCGAUAUGAUGUUAGAUGUUUUUAAUCAAACAUUACAAGGUGUAUUUUGUGAUAAUUGGAGGAAUUGAAUUACUAAUAGGAAGCAGACACAAUAGAGUCAACUUUCUGUUAUUCAUGUAAUUAUUGCCUCUGAGUUGACUUUUCAUAUUUCCCGUGAAAUUUGAUAAGACGGUGAUAACUCUCACGAUUUUUUUUUCUGUGCGGGUGAACUCAACUCAAAAGUAUCAGUGGCAGUUCAAUUCUCUAUUGCGCUGCUAAUAGAUUCCUCGAGUGAAAAUCCACGUUGAAUAUAAUCAAUAGAAAUGUGCUACAAUUUGCAUUAAAGAAUAUAUUUUAGUGUUGAGAGAAAAUUUGCCAAGUGUUGUAAUUUUCUCAAGUGUACAUAUUUAUUGCCCCAUUCAUUGGACAGACAGCAACUUUUUGUGAAAAAAAAGUAUUUUUUGCGUUUUUUUUAUUAAACAAGCACCACAGAAAAAAAUUCUGGUGUUUGCCCAAGAUUCAAUAUUUGGUGUGUAUUUUUAGUGUUCUAUCUGUUACUGAAAGAAUCUUGUAAAGAAUUGCUUCUGAGAAUUUUUCUCCGAUUGACGUCUGCAAGAAAAGUGCUAAUUUCGGAUACGAGUUAAUAAAUUUUCUUUGCAAAAAGAACAACCACAAUGGUUGUCCAUCGAAAUCCACCACCACCGGCCAGAUCCAAGUUUCUCAUGGGCACCUCAAGACAGAUGUCGGAUUUUCCGGAAGCUCAAUCACAUGUGAGUCCCGAGAUGGCAGCUAUUUUGGAGAAUUUGCAGAAGAAAAAUGCCCUGACCACAUCAUCGACAGCCACAAGUGCCAGGCAAAAUCUUAUUAAUGCUAGUUCCAUUAAGGAAACUUCAUCAUCAUUGUCAGCAUCAUCUACUUCAUCAUCGCAACAGGUGGUCAACAGUAGCACUUCCUCGAGUAGUUCAUCAUCUACGACAACAUCUCGAGUAGCAAAGACAUCAUCGUCACAGCGUCUCCAUCACGUAACAGCGUCAUCAUCCACGUCAGAGAUGAAAGCCACUGCUCUCCAACGAAAUCUCACCGACUUCAAGAACUCCAUGACGGAGAUCAACAAUCUCGCUUCCAUGGGAAGAACUACACAGGCAUCCACGAUGAGUCAACUCAAGAGCAAAAUUCGUUCUUCUCUUGAGAAUCUCGUGGAUAGUCGUCGAGAUGAUCAGCCACUUGUUACCUUCCCAGAUGGUGACAAUUCAGAUAAUGACCUCCAGUUGGACCUAACAGGUCCAAUAUCUUCCUCAGUAGCUGGUGAUCUGGCCACUACUGCUGGUGCCGUAGAUACGGUUAAAUUUGAGCAGAAAAGCAUGACAUCGGCAUCCAAGACAAAAGUAGUGACGGACGGAUUCAGCAGUGAGCAGGCCUCUACAAAUUCCGCCGAGAUGAAGCGCCUCCAGGCUGGUGAUGUCGAAUACCAAGAGUCUAAAGCUGCGUCUGCAAUGAGGAAUCGCUUAGAGGUGGAUGGUGUUUCGGCAGAACAAAAUGCAGCAAUGCUCAAAGAAGCCAGAUCAUUGAAAUCCGGCGAGAUGCAGCAGCAAGAGUCAAAUAGCGUGGCAGCGGCUUCAAUGAAAGUCCACAGUGAUACCUUUACCGCCGAAAAGAAAGCUAUCUCCCAAGCUCAGCAGCGGCAAACUGUAACGUCUUCGGGGAUCUUCAACCAGGAAAAACAUGUGAGCUCUGCGAGUCAAUCAAAUUUUACCAUCACGAAGAAGGGAAUCUGCACGGGUGCCUCAAUGAUUUCCUCAUCGACACGCAAAACAAAUGGGUUCGAUGAUGAUUUCAGUGGAUUCGAAGAUCUCGAGAGUUUGUGCUCAGGGAGCAAUCCUAAGGACGUUGAACGUGCCAUCUCAAAAUAUACCAACUGUUUGGAUAGGUAUGUGAAGAGCCUACAGUUGCCUGGGCAGAUGAUGAAGGCCCCACCAGUAUUGGACAAAAUUAACGAUAUCAUAAGAAAAGCAUGGGCAGUACCGACUCAUGGUCACGAACUAGGAUAUACGUUGUGCAAUGAAUUGAGAUCCACUGGUGGAUUGGAUCUUUUGAUGAGGAAUUGUGUGGAAGGCGAUAGGGAUAUUCAAUUUUCAUCGGCACGUCUCCUGGAGCAAUGUUUGACCACGGAGAAUCGUUCACAUGUGGUGGAAAAUGGCCUGGAGAAGGUGGUUAAUGUGGCAUGUGUGUGUACAAAGGACACAAAAACAGACCAUAGUCGCGUAGGUACAGGUAUCCUGGAGCAUUUGUUCAAGCACAGCGAGGGCACAUGUUCAGAUGUGAUUAGACUUGGUGGACUCGAUGCUGUGCUGUUUGAGUGCAGGAAAAAUGAUGUGGAGACAUUGCGUCACUGUGCAGGAGCCUUGGCUAAUUUAUCUCUGUACGGUGGUGCUGAGAAUCAGGAAGCCAUGAUCAACAGAAAAGUACCAAUGUGGCUGUUUCCACUGGCUUUCCAUGAUGAUGACAACAUCAAGUACUAUGCCUGCCUUGCAAUUGCUGUUCUCGUGGCCAACAAAGAGAUCGAAGCUGAGGUCCUUAAGUCAGGUACACUGGAUCUCGUAGAACCUUUUGUUACCACGCACAAUCCCUCCGAAUUUGCCAAGUCAAAUCUCGCCCACGCACAUGGUCAGAGUAAACACUGGCUGCAACGUCUCGUGCCUGUGCUGAGCAGUAAGCGCGAAGAGGCUCGCAAUUUGGCUGCUUUCCAUUUCUGCAUGGAGGCAGGGAUUAAGAAAGAGCAGGGCAAUACAGAAAUCUUCCGGGAUAUUGGUGCUAUUGAACCACUGAAAAAUGUUGCUUCUUGCCCUAAUGCUAUUGCCUCGAAAUUUGCUGCUCAAGCUUUGAGGCUCAUCGGGGAGGAAGUGCCCCAUAAGCUGUCCCAGCAAGUACCACUGUGGACAGUUGAGGAUGUCCGGGAGUGGGUUAAACAAAUUGGAUUUGCCGAUUACGAGAGGAAUUUUUAUGAAUCCCGUGUUGAUGGUGAUUUGCUUUUGCAACUCAAUGAAGAAAAUCUUCGAGAGGAUAUUGGCAUAGUCAAUGGAAUUCAGAGAAAGAGAUUCAUGCGAGAGAUGCAGAAUCUCAAAAAGAUGGCAGAUUAUUCGUCGCGUGACUCUGCCAAUCUUAAUAACUUCUUGCAGAAUAUCGGGAUGGAAUACAGCAUUUAUACCUAUUCAAUGCUGAACGCUGGAGUGGAUAAAGAAUCCCUCAGACAUCUCAAUGAUGAUCAACUCAUCAGUGAAUGUGGCAUCACAAAUUCUAUUCAUCGUCUUAGGAUACUUAACAAUAUUAAGGGCAUGGAAUCAUCAAUGUGUUUGUCUUCUGAAGAGAAUUUGGACAAAACCCUUGAUGUCUUUGUCAGUUAUCGUCGCAACAAUGGAUCUCAACUUGCUAGUUUGCUCAAGGUUCAUCUUCAACUCCGUGGUUUUUCCGUGUUUAUCGACGUGGAGCGACUGGAGGCUGGAAAGUUUGAUAAUAAUCUCUUGCAGAGUAUUCGUCAGGCGAAACACUUUAUCCUCGUUCUGACACCACGUGCCCUCGAGCGAUGUAUUGAGGAUUUUGACUGCAAAGACUGGGUGCAUCGGGAAAUUGUGGCUGCUCUCAAUUCCAACUGUAACAUUAUUCCCAUCAUUGAUAAUUUCUCAUGGCCAGAACCUGAGCAAUUGCCAGAAGACAUGAGGAGUGUGUGUCACUUUAAUGGAGUACGUUGGAUUCAUGAUUAUCAGGAUGCUUGCGUGGACAAAUUAGAGAGGUUCAUGCGAGGUGAAUUGAACAUGAAAGCCGAUGGGUAUUCUAUUAGAGGUCCUCUCCGUGGAGAUGGAACACCUAGUACACCUAGCACAGCAUCAACAACACGUCAGAAUCCGCCAAUUUACCAGAGAAUGCAUAGCAAUGACUCUAGCAAGGGCGGUGAUAAUGGGCGAGUUUCGGACUGACUAGAUGGCCCCCCAGCCUCAUCAGCACGACAUCGUCUACGCGGCUCUCCUAGUCCAGGUCGACAACUCAUUACAGGACAUCCAGCGAGCCGAAUUGGCCGCCCUGCAACACCCCAACGACGUCCUCAAGUGGCCCCACGGGGUCCAAGCGCCCUGAGCCGCAGACCACCUCUGCCACCAGCCAUUAGUUCGCGAAGUCAGAGUCUUGACGGACUGCUGGACAUGGCAGGUUGCGAGGACGGUAGUGGUGCCCAAGAUGUGGCUGAGAGGGCAGCAUCAGAAGUGGUGGAUACGGCACAGAGGAGACCUAGAGGACCAGAGACGGACCGCAGUAACAGGAAAUCUCGAAGUUUGGAGGAUCUUUUGGAUGAAAAGUCAGAAAGAAAGGAAGAGACCGAAGUAGAGGAUGUUAAUUGUAGCAGAAGUUUGGAGAGUCUCCUGCAAGAUGCACCAGAGAGUCCAACGAUUGAUUCUGGUCAGCGAACAGCCUCGCCGGCGGAGAAAUUUUGCGUGAACGAAACAAUUGUCGUGGACAAUGCUUUGAGGAGCAAUGAUGAUACAGCCUACAAUUCUGAGGAGGACAAAUCAUCUACGUCCUCCAGUCGACAGGGGUCCAUUUCGUCGGAUCAGCAGGGUUCCAAACGGACGUUCAUAAACCGCCUGGGGCGACGCAUGAAGAGCCUAAUCAAAAAAUAAGUUUGGACUUGGAGGAGUAUAGUUCUAUAUACCCCUUUUCUUAAUGUCUACACGGCAAUCAUGAGUUUCCCGCGAGAGAAAUUGACAGUAUUAAGACACAUGCCAUCGACAUAAAGCUCUUCGAUGGAGACACACUAAACUUAAAUGGACCUCAAGAGCCAUUCCCUGCCUUUCGUCAACGCAAUACGCACAAAUGAGGGGCUACCGUCGAGGGUGUUUUUGGGGGGUUCAUCAUGAAGUCAAAGAGAAAAUGUAUGUGACGUACCUGUAAAUGAUGAUUUGUGAUUACUCGAUGUGAACAGCUUAAUUAUCCUUGUUAGAGAGAUUUUCAUUACACACCAAUUUUUUUUCAGAAGAAGGAGCGCAUAAAUGACUCACUUUUGCACGUUAUUUUAAUUUUUUUUCUCAGCCUCAUACAAAAGGAGGUUCUUUUAUAUGUAGUAUCAAUCCUUAUUUAACCAACUUAACAUUUACCAGCAGCAGGACGCAUAGCCUUAAGAAUUAUAUCUCUAAAAAUUCUCUUAUUUUAUCAACACUUGUAUUUCCCAAUCAACUAUGCUAAAUAGUAUUACGGCGUUAUCACACUUUCACAUUAAAAUUUUAAUGUGAUUCACAUUAAUUGUCCCUUGUGAGCAUCUAAAUAUGUUAUUUGUGUCUUUGAGUCACUUAAUAUUUGGGGUUUUUCUAUUUAUUGACAAAGAAGUGGACUUGGCCUGCAAAAAUAAGUUUAAAUUUACCUAAAGCAUAAAUAUUUUUCACAUUAAAAAAUUAAUGAGAAAAUCGCAUUAAUAAAAAAUUAAUGAGAAAAUCGCAUUAAUUUUUCGCAUUAAUGCUAUAAAUCAAUUUAUAUCAAAUUUUGCGGGCCAAGUCUACCUUUUUAUCAACAAAUAGAUCAAAUUUUAAAUAUAUAAAAUGAUUCAAACACACAAAUUACACAUUUGGACUCUCACCAGUGACAAUUAAUGUGAAUUAUAUUAAAAUUUUAAUGUGCAAGUGUGAUAACACAGUUACAGUGCUAGAUAAAAUCACUUGAGAGAUAUUUUAUGUAGAAUUUAUUGUGUUUUUUUCGUAAAUAAAAGAAGAUGAGAGAUUUUGCAAA